AUGACUUCUCUCUCUCCUCAACCAUCGAGUGCCGAGCAUAAUGCAACAAGCACUGUGAAAAACGCUCAACCUACUUCGGCCUCUCCCACAAAGACCCUCAAGCAAAAGAAAAAGCUCAUGGAAAAAUUCUCCCAUACCUUAGAUGCACUGCUCAAAUUGCAUGACGAAAUGGAUGCCAACGACAAGACCAUUGCCUUUGAAUUGUUGCAACAAAAGUUGUAUUCACACUUUUAUUCAAAUUUGGUUGAGCAACAGCAACAUUGGCUUCAAAUGACCCAAAUGCCUUCUCCUGAAAACGGUGACAUGGAUCAUUCGUCUCAUCACGCUCACCACGAAGAGAAUGGUGGUAUUCAUAUUGAUGAUCAACACCAAAUUGUCGACUCUAGUGCAACCAUUCUUCAGGCUGGAAGUGCAGAAGAUAUUGAACAUGAUUCAUUUAGCUGUUCUCAUCACCAAAACCAAUCUCAUGCAUUUACCACUCACGGAGAACCACAACAACAUGAAUCUUGCCAUGAUUCUGGACUUUUCUUGACCAUAUGCGAAAUUGGAUCUCAUCAUAGCCACAACAAUCACAUGAGCACUAGUUUGUCUUUUGAGAGUGAGAGUAUUUUGGCAUCAUCAGAUUUCCAUCCUUUAUUCAAUUAA